AUGUCCGUCUGCUCCAGCAACCUCAGCUAUGGCAGCAACAUCUGCAUGCCCGCUUCUCACGACUCCUGGCAGGUGGACGACUGCCCAGAGAGCUGCUGCGAGCCGCCCUGCUGUGCCCCCAGCUGCUGCGCCCCGUCCUCCUGUGUGACCCUCUGUUGCAAGCCCGUGUGCUGCAAGCCUGUCUGCUGUGUGCCCGUCUGCUCCUCCUCCUCCUCCUGCUGCCAGCAGUCUAGCUGCCAGCCUUCAUGCUGUGGCUCCUCUCCCUGCCAGGAGUCCUCCUGUGUGACCCUCUGCUGCAGGCCCGUGUGCUGCAAGCCUCUCUGCUGUGUGCCCGUGUGCUCUGAGGGCUCCUCCUGCUGCCAGCAGUCUAGCUGCCAGCCCUCAUGCUGUGGCUCCUCCCCCUGCCAGGAGUCCUCCUGUGUGACCCUCUGCUGCAGGCCCGUGUGCUGCAAGCCUGUCUGCUGUGUGCCCGUGUGCUCCUCCUCCUCCUCCUGCUGCCAGCAGUCUAGCUGCCAGCCCUCCUGCUGCCCCUCGUCCUGCUGCAGACCCUCCUCCAGCGUGUCCCUGCUCUGCCGCCCCGUGUGCAGACCCGCCUGCAGUGUGCCCGCCUCCUCCUGCUGUGCCCCCGCCUCGUGCUGCCAGCCCAGCUGCUGCCGCCCGGCCUCCAGCGUGUCCCUGCUCUGCCGGCCUGCCUGCCCCCGCCCGGCCUGCUGUGGCCUCUCCUCGGGCCAGUCCUGCUGCUGA